AUGCGUUUCUCAUUACGUCGAUUAGGUAUGGAAUGGGGUAAAAUUGGUCAUCAACGCGGCAAAGUUGAAUAUACACUUUCAGCGUAUCAACAAAAUCCAUAUGCUGGCGUUUUCGGUGAAGUUUCAUAUCGUUAUUAUUCUCGACUUUUCAAAACUCUUAUCACUAUAUGGGCACCAAAUGCACUACUUGGAUAUUCAGUUUACACAUGGGCCAAUUGGGAAUAUGAUCGUUGUUCUCGAAAACUGCCCAGUCAAUUUGCUAAUGAGAAACCAGCAGAAGCUGGCAGCGAAUAA